AUGCCGUCGAAACACAGCAAGAUCGUCAAGCACGUUCACAAGAAGAAGGGUGCCAAAAUCAACGCCCUCCAUGAGAACAGUCGCGAUGCCAAAAGGAUUCGAAAUGCUGGUGCCCGAGACGAGCGGGUCGCAAAUAUCAACGCUACCCGUCAGAAGCAGAAUCGUCCUUGGUUGGACCGGGUAGCAUUUUUCCAAGACAGACUCCCGGAGACCCUGCAUCCACUUGAUCUUGAUCAAAUCAAGUCCGAUAUUGCAGAGUAUCUCAGUCGACACGACGAGGAAUUGGCAUCUCUGAAAGCAGAGAGGCGGCCAGGCAGGCCUCCGAGCAACCGACAACUUUUGCUGGAGCAGGCGAUCAAUUCAGAGCAGCAGGAGUUCGAGAGCGGAUUCUGGGUGCCGGAUCUGCAGGACGAAGGAACGUUGAUGAAGCUGGACGCCUGGAAAGGCAGCUGGCUUGAGUUGGGCGUGUUGCGCUUUGUGAGGGUCGACAAGGACGGUGUGGUGAAGGAGAGCUCAUUCCCGCCGAGAGGUGCCUCGUGA